GUGGAGUACUCCAUGGACAUAGUGAGGCGGGGUGACCGCACUUUCGGCAGGUCCAGCCGACACAGCUCCUCUUGGUAUGACAAAUAUGGACGACCAACUCGCACGGAAUACAGGCUGAUGGUUAAAAACUUGUCCAGCAGCGUCAGUUGGCAAGACUUAAAAGACUACAUGCGCCAGGCAGGCAAAGUUACAUACGCCGAUGCUCACAAAGGUCUGAGAAACAAAGGAUUUGUGGAAUUCGCCACAUAUUCAGACAUGAAAAAUGCCUUGUACAAGCUGGACGAUACAGAGAUAAAUGGUCGAAGGAUCCGGCUCGUGGAGGACAGACAGGGCGACGGACGAUGCUCUCGCUCCUCCAGCAGCCGCAGCCGCUCUCGGUCCCGCUCCUUUCGCACCCGCUCUAGGUCUUGUAGCCAAAGAAGCAGCAGGAGCCGAUCUCGCAGAAGUAGCAGAUCCAAGUCAGAGUCUCGCUCCCGCUCACGAUCCAUAUCUCGCGGAAAAGAUAGAUCAAAGUCUAAAUAUAAGUCUUGCUCGAGGUCUGAAUCAAAGAAACAGUCCAGGUCAAAGUCCAGAUCUCAGUCUGUAUCUAAAGGAAAGCCUAAUGAAAGAUCUCGCUCCCCAAGCAAAGAGAAGUCAAAGUCCAAGAGCCGAUCACCUCAGAAGAAUGGAGACCGUUCACCUGAGGUUCAAGAUAAUUGAAUUUGUUUGUAACUUUUUAUUUGUUUGUUGUAACUUUUUUAUUUGUUUGUAACUUUUUUAUUUGUUUGGAUAAAUAACUUUGUCCAUAACUUCACUAAUGUAAAGUCCUAUUCUUAGAUAAUA